AUGCUGCUAGCGAGCAAGGCAGACUCAGCCACAGUGGGCCCAGUAGCAUCUCAGUCUGCUCCUGUCAGAUGUCGUCUGGGAUCUCAGCCGUGUCGAGACGGCUCAGACUGUGUGCUCUUCAGUCACGUUUGUGACGGUGAGGAAGACUGUAAGGAUGGCUCAGAUGAAGAGGGCUGCUCCAUUGUGUGUGAGAAUGGGCAGUUCCAGUGUGCUCAUGGCAAGAAGUGCAUAGAGUCUGGUCAGGUUUGUGACGGGGUGGCACAGUGCCAGGAUCGGUCGGAUGAAGCCGACUGCCUGCGACCGGAUGAGAGCUGUGUUCACCGUUGUGACAACAAAACCCGCUGCCUUCCGGAGUCCUUCGUCUGUGACGGGGAGCCCGACUGCAUGGAUAAGAGUGAUGAAGCCAACUGUGGUGAGGAGAAUUGUGGUGCUGCAGAGUUCCGCUGCAGUAAUGGACAAUGUGUGCCUGUUGGCGUACGUUGUGACGGGCAUCCCGACUGUCGAGAUCACUCGGACGAGGAAGGCUGUGUCAAACCUUCCCCCUGUGCCACCCAAACCCACUGCCCACACAGCCAUGAGUGCCUACUGCCAGAGUGGAUCUGUGAUGGAGAGAGGGACUGCAGAGACAGCACAGAUGAAAAGGAUUGUAAGGAGACUGAAGUGAAGUGCGGAACAUUUCAGUGGCCUUGUUCCUCUGGUUCUCAGUGUGUUGCUCUGUCCUGGAGGUGUGAUGGCGUUCCAGACUGCAGGGAUGAGAGUGACGAGACUGAAUGUGGUUCUGGGUCAUGUGACUCUCACCUGUUCCAGUGUAACAGCUCUGAGUGUUUGGACCCAGCACAGCUCUGUAACGGAGUCACUGACUGUCUAGAUGGGUCUGAUGAAGGUGGGAACUGUUCGACAGCUAAAUGCACCAGCCAGUCAGGAUGCAGUCAGGACUGCCAUAGAACACCAGAGGGCACAAGGUGUUGGUGUCGGGCUGGUUUUAGGCCUCAGAAGAACGGAGUGACGUGUGUGGACGUAAACGAGUGUGUCGGGGGCAGUCCAGGUGUAUGUAGCCAAAUCUGUAAAAACACUGAGGGCUCAUACAUGUGCGGCUGUAACCAAGGUUACAUGUUGGAGCCCGAUGGCCGAAGCUGUAAGACUUCAGGUGAGCCGUCCCUGCUGGCCUCUGUAGAGUCUGAGCUUUUUCUCCUGGGGCUUGGUAGCGACAGGCUGGAUGCUCUCCUCUCCUCUGUGAGGGGCUUCAUUCUCUCCGUUGACUAUGACUGGAAGGAACAGAAGGCCUACUGGGUGAACCACAGCGCUGAAAGCAUUGAAUGGACCUCACUGGACAUGAAGAGUCGAGGAAGCUUGAUCAGAGGCAUUAACGCAGACUACGUGUGUGUAGACUGGGUGGGACGGAACGUGUACUGGAUUGAUGGUGUGGGCGGUCAGAUUAACGCCGUUGCACUGGGAAGCACACCCAGUAAUGGCUGGGAUUACGCGGUGAUCAUGGAUGAGGAUUUGGAGCAGCCGCGCGCGUUGGCUUUACUUCCACAGAAAGGGCUGAUGUUCUGGUGUGAAACCGGGGAUAAGGCUCGGAUUGAAAAGGCCGGAAUGGACGGGUCAGAGCGGAGAGUUCUGAUCAGUCGGAACCUCAGGUGGCCUACUGGCCUUGCUGUGGACCCGCUCCAGGACCGCAUCUACUGGGCGGACCAGAAGCUCGGAUACAUCGGAUCAGCAACACUGCGUGGAGAAGAGAUCCAGCUGCUGCAGCUGGCCGAGACACCCAGCCCGUUCUCUGUGUCUGUGUUUGAUGACUUUGUGCUGUGGUCUGAUACUCGCAGAGGAACCAUCCAGCAGGCACAGAAAAGCACAGGCAAAAAACACAAAGUGCUUCUUAAACAACCCAGACAACCUUUCAGCUUGAAAGAAAGUACAGUGGUUCAUCCUGUGUUGCAGGUCAGUAUGGAGAACCCUUGUGAGACUCGUGCCUGUUCUCACUUGUGUGUGUUGGCCCCAGGGCCAGAGAGUGUGUGCAAGUGUCCUCCUCAUUUACAACUUGAUGAAGAUGGACUCAACUGCUCCAAACCCAUGGAUGACUCCUUCAUUCUUCUGUUAUCAGGCACUGGCUUCACUCAGAUCCACUUGCAGGACAGACUGAGUGUGGGGUCACAGUCUUGGCCCAGUCACCGUCGAUUCGGGCUGUCUUCCCAGAAUAAGCCCAUGACUUUUGACCUGUCUCUUCGUGAACUUACUCUCUACGUGACCAGCGAGGGUCAGAACACCGUUGGGACCUUCACGAUGAAAGAUUCUGCCCUUGUCCCUCAAGCCAAGCUGACCCUACUUCAGAAGGACUCUGUAUCAGCUCUGGCUCUGGACUGGAUCACUCUCAAUGUGUACUGGUCUGGUACCAAACAUCCCAGUGUAUGGGUCACCUCUUCCCAAGUCGGCUACACUGCAAUGUUAAUUCGUGUUGAUGUAGGCGGUGUGCAGGCUGUAGCUGUUCAUCCACCCAGCGGCCGCCUCUGCUUCAUCAGUGUGGGCGGCCAGGGUGGAGCCCCCGCUCGGGUGGAGUGUGCCUUUAUGGAUGGAGGAAAUCGGGUGGAACUGUGGAGGAACUGUGUUCAGCCAGUCUCUCUGACACUCUCAGACCAGGGAAGAGAGGUUUAUUGGGCUGAUGUAGGUCUCGGGCACAUUGCAUGGGUUGGCGUCGAUGGUUCGGGAUACAAAGAAAUCAAGACCGAAGGAGAAGUGAAGGCAUUUGCACUGGCCGAUGACUUGCUCUUCUGGGUGAGCAGACAAGCCUCCGCUAAGUUCUGGUUCAGAGCCCAGCGGCAGGAGGCUCAGCCGUGGUUUGAGGUGGAUGCUGAUGUCAUGUGUAUGAAGGCCUUCAGUAAACACAGCCAGAGAGGAAGCAACUUGUGUGCCAGUGGAAACGGGGGUUGCAGUCACCUCUGUUUGCCUUUCCCGGGGGGCCGGACCUGCCGGUGUGGGCGUGACCAUUUUCUUACAAACAGGACAGACUGUGUCUCAGAGCACCACUGCCCGCCAGGCACCAAACCGUGCCCCCAUGGACACCCAUGCCUUCACCCCUCCCAGUUCUGUGACGGGCACCCAGACUGCCUAGAUCAGUCUGACGAGAACUGUAAGGAUUUGAAAUACUUCUCACCAGAAGUACAAUCUGACAUCACGUCUCUGGAUAACAGCACUCCAGUCUGGACCUUAGACUCCAGAUCCUGUAAAGAGAAUUUGUGUAAUGGGAAGGGUGACUGCGUGGCAGGGAACGGCACCAUGUCUUGUACCUGUGCAGAUGGGUUUGGAGGAGAAUUCUGCCAGGACCACCUGGGUGUUACGUGGAACAGCCUGACCAUGUAUGUGUCUGUCAGUGUGGCUGCAGGGGUGGUAGUGCUGGGUGUCCUUAUUGCCGUCAUGAAGAAGAGGAGCGUGAAUGGCAGGCGAGCAGAGCCUGUACAGAGGGAGACCAGUAUGAAGGACCUGGGGGAAAAUAAAGAGAAGUCAAAAAUGCAAAUGCUGUCCGAGGCAGGAGAGUUCACUGAGCUGGCGUCACAGAAAGUGAGACAGCGUCGUCAGCUGAGUUGGGCAGGCGGUUCUUUCCUUCAGCGAGACUUUGAUGACUUCACCCCUGUGUUUUACCUGGAGGACCCACCACGUCCUGCACCAGCCAAAUCCACUGGCAAGGAACGGGCGAAAGGCAGCACGACCCCGGGGCCCGCCGCGUGUCCUGACGACCGUAAUGAGGAUAGCCCGCUCUUCUUCCUCCUCCCUGCAGCGAACAGCCAGGGGGGGCAGACUCCUCAGGUCCUCAUGAUGCCCCCUCCCUCUUCCAAUGGCCAGACUGGGACCUUCACCUCUGGGAAUCCCAUCCAACUCUUUCUGCUCCCUGCAGGCCAAGAUCAGAACUCCUUUAAUCCUGGGACAGAGUUGGGUUCAGACUCCGGGUCCGGACAGCCAGGCCCGUCCUCGCCCUCAGCAGGGAGGGACUCCCCCCAGACACCAAUCCUCAUCUUCCCAGGGAUAUUCCUGCCAAAGGCUCGCCCUGCCGGCCCUGACGCCGGUCAGUCUCCAGCUGCUGACGUGAGUGGUGGACAAUCCAAGACUAAGUCACGCCUGAAGCCUCUCCGUCAUCCACAGGAGAAUAAACCCCGACAUGCCAAAGCUCCCGGCGGGACGGGCAGAAGGCAGGGUCAGAGGUGA